AUUCUAUUUAGGAUAAAGAAGGAGAGACUGGACUAGCUGAGUUAGGGUGAGUUGCAGGCAGUGUCAUCUCUCCUUUGACGACAAGAUGAGCAUCCCAAUUCCCCAUCGGCAGUUAUUCAUAGACGGAGACUGGAAAGUCCCCGUCCUCAAGAAUCGGAUUCCCAUCAUCAACCCUUCCACCCAACACAUCAUCGGGGAUAUCCCAGCAGCUACUAAGGAAGACGUUGAUCUCGCUGUCGCUGCCGCCAAAGCUGCCCUCUCCCGCAACAAGGGCGCCGAUUGGGCCUCCGCUUCCGGCUCCGUUCGGGCUCGCUACCUCCGCGCCAUCGCUGCCAAGAUCACCGAGAAAAAGCCUGAACUAGCAAAACUCGAAGCUAUUGACUGUGGAAAACCGCUCGAUGAAGCCGCCUGGGACAUCGACGAUGUUGCUGGUUGCUUUGAGUUCUAUGCUGACCUUGCUGAAAAAUUGGACGCACAGCAAAAGGCUCAUGUGUCUCUUCCCAUGGACACAUUCAAGAGUUAUGUUCUUAAGGAGCCGAUUGGAGUCGUUGCUUUAAUAACUCCUUGGAAUUAUCCUCUGUUGAUGGCUACGUGGAAGGUUGCUCCUGCUCUGGCGGCCGGCUGUGCUGCAAUAUUGAAGCCCUCUGAGUUGGCAUCUGUGACAUGUUUGGAGCUCGCUGAAAUUUGCAAAGAAGUCGGGCUUCCUCCUGGCGUGUUGAACAUUCUCACUGGAUUAGGACCUGAAGCGGGUGCUCCUUUAGCAGCUCAUCCCGAUGUAGACAAGAUUGCCUUUACUGGAAGCUCUGCAACUGGGAGCAAAAUUAUGACAGCUGCAGCUCAGCUGAUCAAGCCUGUUUCACUAGAGCUUGGUGGGAAAAGCCCAAUCAUUGUUUUUGAGGAUGUUGACCUUGACAAGGCUGCUGAAUGGACCAUAUUUGGUUGCUUCUGGACAAAUGGUCAGAUAUGCAGUGCAACUUCCCGCCUUAUUGUACAUGAAAGUAUAGCAACAGAAUUUUUGAAUAGGAUUGUGAAAUGGGUCAAAAACAUCAAAAUUUCUGAUCCCUUGGAAGAAGGUUGCAGACUAGGCCCUAUUGUUAGUGAAGGACAGUAUGAAAAGAUAUUGAAGUUUAUCUCAAAUGCUAAGAGUGAGGGUGCAACCAUUUUGACUGGUGGGUCUCGCCCAGAGCAUCUAAAGAAGGGAUUCUUUGUUGAACCAACUGUCAUAACUGAUGUAACUACCUCCAUGCAAAUUUGGAGAGAAGAAGUAUUUGGACCAGUUCUCUGUGUAAAAACAUUUAGCACUGAGGAAGAAGCUAUUGAUCUAGCAAAUGACACUGUAUAUGGCUUGGGUUCUGCUGUAAUAUCAAAUGAUCUAGAAAGAUGUGAGCGCAUUACUAAGGCUUUUAAGGCUGGAAUUGUGUGGAUUAAUUGCUCUCAACCAUGCUUCACUCAAGCCCCAUGGGGAGGCAUUAAACGCAGUGGUUUUGGUCGUGAAUUAGGAGAAUGGGGACUUGAUAAUUACUUGAGUGUGAAGCAAGUGACCCAAUAUAUCUCUGAUGAACCGUGGGGCUGGUACCAGUCUCCUUCAAGGCUGUGAUAGGUAUCCAAAAGCUAACAUUAAUAAGUUGUGGGUAAUAUCAAAUUACGAUUAUGACCCCAAAGUCGAGAAGACAUGAUGUCUAUGUAUAACAUUGAAAUGGUUUGCACUUUGCAGUCAAGAUUAUGUUGGUAGUGUUUUUAUUUGAUUUGUUUAUGGUUGGCUCCACCACAUGCUUCUAAUGUUUGAAUUUCAUCAUGGAAGACUUCCAUCAUUACAUUAUAUUGAAGCAUUUCUUGCGCUUAA